UCGCAGCCGCCAUAUUGUGUGACAGUAUUUUGAUUCGUAUCCGUUGGAAGUUUAGGAAGGGAAAAGUGAGAGAGAGAAAAAAUAAGGGGGGAGCAGAGAGGGGGGGAAAAAAAGAAAGAAGAAGAGCUGUCAAAAAAGAAAUUCCCGACUCUCCGAAAACGGCGGGGGGGCUGCGGCCGUAGUCAUCCUCCCCCCUCAACUGCAACCACCACCACCAAAAACAGAACAGGCCGGGGUGCCGUCCGUCCCCCCCUUCCCAAAGUUUCCUCCUUCUCCGCCUUUCUGUCAUCUCACCCCCGGCCCUGUGGAGAUUUCGGUGGCGGCGUCUCGGGUGUUGAAGGUGGCCCGGGGAGCGGCGGCGGAGACGAAGAUGCUGAAUCUGUGGGCGGGGUGCUGAGUCUGCUGAAGGAGCCAUCAGUUCUGAGCCGGCGGUACACGAAUGGCCCAGGGAAGCCACCAGAUUGACAUCCAGGUUUUGCAUGACCUGCGCCAGAAGUUCCCUGAGGUGCCAGAGGGUGUCGUUUCCCAGUGCGUUCUGCAGAACAACAACAAUUUGGACGCCUGCUGCGAAUACCUGUCUCAGGUGAGCACGGGCUACCUGUACGGCGAGGGAAACCUCAGCUUCUCGGACGACCCGGGCUUGUCCAGACUGCGCAAUCACAUGACCCAGCUGAAUCUGGGCCUGCAGUCUCAGAAUGUGCAUGCGCCCCCCCCGCGGGACGGCCUAAGGAUGAACGGCAGCCGGACUCUGUCCCACAGCCUGAGCGACGGGCCCCUGCAGACGGGCCAACCCAACAGCGAGUUCUUCCCGGCGGAGCCUCAGUCGGCGCCCGCACAGGCGCCGCCCGGCCUCGGCGUCUUCGGCGCCACGGACACCGCCGCCCGCAAGCCGCAGCCACCCCAGCACCUGGGACUCUACCAGCUGGGCGGCAAGGGCCACUCCGCGGGGGGGCCUCACCAGGCCCCCCGCUUCAACCCCAUCACCGUCACCCUGGCGCCCAACAUCCAGACGGGCCGCAACACCCCCACCUCUUUGCACAUACACGGCGGGCCCCAGCCCGGCCUCAACAGUCCACAGGGUAACUCUAUCUACAUCCGGCCUUACGUCACGCAGCCCGGUACGACCCGACAGGCCCAGCAGCAGCAGCAGCAGCAGCAGGCCGGCUGGGCCCAGUACAGCCCCACCUCCCAGCCCCCGCAGGUGUACCAGAUCUCGUCCCACCCGUCGGCGCUGCCCGGGUCCUGGGCGCUCCCCUCCCAGCACAGCUCCUCCUCACAUACCUCACCGCACCAGUCACAGGGCCACCAGACCUCGCACGUCUACAUGCCCAUCAGCUCGCCCACCAAUCCGCAGGCGCCCUCCAUCCUGCAGGCCCCGCCCGGGGGCGGGUCCUCCGCCGGCCCCGCCCCCGGCACGCCCGCCCCCUCCGCCUCCUUCAGCCAGUACAACAUCCAGAACAUCUCCACCGGCCCGCGCAAGAACCAGAUCGAGAUCAAGCUGGAGUCCCCCCAGCGGUGCAACUCCGGCACCACCGCCCUGCUGCGCUCGGGCGGCGGGCCCCGCCCCUCCUGCGCCUCUUCCUCCUGCCCCUCCUCCUCCUCCUCGGUGGGCGUGGCCUCCGCCUGCUCCACAGCGCCCCUGUGCAUCGGCGGGCCCGGCCUGAGCCGCAGCCAGCCCACAGUUUACAUCUCGGCCAGCCCGCCUUCCGCUGCUACCGCCUCCUCCUCCGACGACGCUGCCACGGCCCCCUCCGGCUCCCGCUCCCAGCCCAAGUUCUACAUUUCCGCCAACGCCGCGGGGGACGACGGCGGCGGACGCAACCCCCCGACCGUCUACAUCUCGGCCAACCCCCCGCUGCAGGGGCCCUCGGGCGCCCGUAACAUGUCGGGCCAGGUGAGCAUGGGCCCCGCCUACAUCCACCACCAUCCGCCCAAGUCCCGCGCCUCGGUGGGCGGCGGCGGCGCCGUCACCUCUCCCCGCGUGGUGGUCACCCAGCCCAAUACCAAGUACACUUUCAAAAUCACCGUGUCCCCCAACAAGCCGCCGGCUGUGUCCCCCGGCGUGGUGUCCCCCACCUUCGAGCCCACCAACCUCCUCAGCCUGCCCUCGGAGCACUUCGCCGAGCCUGACCCGCACCACCUCUCGGACCCGUUGUCGGCGCACAGGGACCGGCCCAGCGAGCCCCGCAGACCCAGCAUGGGCUCCGAUGACGCCGCCUACACGCAAGCCCUGUUGAUACACCAGAAGGCCCGCAUGGAGAGACUGUGGCAUGAGCUGGAACUGAAGAAAAAGAAGCUGGAAAAACUAAAAGAGGAGGUCAACGAGAUGGAGAACGACCUCACCCGGAGACGACUACAGAGAUCCAACUCCGUCUCCCAAAUCCCCUCUAUUGAGGAAAUGAAGCAGCUGAGAAGCAAAAACAGGAGCCUGCAGAUCGACAUCGACUGCUUAACCAAAGAAAUCGACCUCCUUCAAACACGAGGACCAAACUUUAAUCCCAGUGCAAUUCAUAAUUUCUAUGACAACAUUGGAUUCCUAGGUCCUGUCCCACCCAAACCUAAAGGUACUUUAACUGUUGGGCCAGAGUGCAGGGGGUCAGUAGACAGGAGAGGAAGGAAAAUUAAUGUGAGCUCCAGGUUAAAGAUGGACCCCUCCACUCCCCCUGCUGCUCUCCCUUUGGACUCGAGUUCGAAGAACCCAAAGACUGUAGGGGAGGUGGAGGAGGACGAGGGGGCGCAGUGGAGCUGCACGGCCUGCACCUUCCUCAACCACCCCGCCCUCAACCGCUGUGAACAGUGCGAGUUCCCUCGACACUUCUGAGCCACAGGGCGCUCCAAAAAUAAACGCUUCUCUUUUUUUACCUACCACAAUCCAAAUCUAGAUUAGGAAAGGGGAUUUUUUUCUUUUCCUGCAGUAAAAUAUGGACAGGGUUUUUAAAUUCUUGUUUUUUGUUGUUUUGUUUUUUUUUUUUUUCCAAGAUUUUAUAAUAUCUUUUUUUGGGGUAGAUUGCUGUCCAUUGAAGGCCUGACUGGAUAGUGUUUACAGGUUGUGUUACUUAAGAAACCAGCAGAGCUGAUAAUACCUCGCCUUGGAGUCGGGCGCCAGCGCGGGGCCGGCGGUGCCUCGAGGGGCCUCGCUUCGUCCGUACGCAGUAUUAUCAGAGAGCUGCCCUUCAGCGUGACGGCUGCCGGGGGUGUCCUCGCGCCUCUGCCCCGCUCUCCUGUGAAGCCAGGGGUGGAGAGACGGGGGAGAAGAAAAGAAAGAAAAGAGGGAGAAAAAAAACCCAGCCGUGACAAACGCGUCUGAAGAGAAAAACCAACAGACAGACUACUCUGACUGACUAUCUGGUUGCUGUUUCCAGAGGAUGAUGGAGAGGGAAAAUCAAGCAGUGUUACUGCCAGCAGAACUUGCCUUUCCUUCCUCUCCGUCACCUGUCCCCCUCCAGCCCAUCUUUUCAAACCACAAUAAUAAAAGAAAAAAGAACGAGAAAUAAACUGCAUGCUUUGUAUGUACAGAAUACAGUGGAAAAUUACCCCCCAGCUUCUUACUGUACAUAGUUGUAGAAUGUGCUUUAAAUGCUUAUUUCCUCGCACUAUGAAUCACUUGUAUUUCCUGUGAGUAUAGCGUAGUCGACUUGAUAAACUUUUUUUUGUUGUUGUUUUUGUUUUUCUUGUAAGCAAAUAAGCACGGUGUCCCUUUUAAGCUUUUUACUUGAUAUCUGUGAGAAGUGAAGCCUUACGUAAAGGAUGAGCAGUAAUAUGAAUAUGAAUCUAUGCACACACAAAGCUUUGUUUUUUUUCCCCCCCCGCUCGGUCUGUUCAUCGCACCUGUAAAAAUGCUGUGCCAUCUGCAGCCGCAGCCACGUGGAAAGACGGGAGUUUUCCCUCGAGAUGCCAGAGGUCUUCGGACUGGCAAAAAGCCCGUUAGCGAACGACAAACUGCCAUCUUAUCUGACAACUGGAAUGUAGGUGUAAUGUUUGGGGAUUUUUAAACUUCCACGUUGAGAGACGCGUGCCUUUUUAUGAUGCAUUAUUGUUUUUUUUUUUUU